AUGAAGCUCACCCAAGUCGCUCCUUUUCUCAUAUACACCCUCCUCGCCGCCCUCCUCCCCUCCUCCGCAUACGCCGACCGCAUCCUCCAGUCCUCGUCUCUCAACAACUGCCAAAAGAAAUCCGACUUCUCCGCCAGCUUGUUCAACGUCGUCGUCUCCGCCAACAAUGGCUCCGUCAUGGCAAACAUUGCCGCCGUCGUCUCGGUGGAAGGCAAGGCUGUCUUCGACGUCGCGCUGCGCAUCUACGGCUACGACUACCUGAAGAUGACGAUAGACCCGUGCACCAUGGACCUCCAGGGCCUCUGCCCGAUGAAGCCCGGCAAGAUCGACAUGGAGUUCUCGUUUGAAAUCGGCGACAAGCUCGACCAGGUGCCCGGUAUCGCCUACACCAUCCCCGACCUCGACGCCACCAUCCGCGCCAUCGUCAACCUCACCGAGACGAACACGACCGUCGCCUGCGUCGAGGCAGACUUCUCCAACGGUAAAACCGUCGAUCUCGUGGGCGUCAAAUGGGCCACCGCCGUCAUCGCCGGCCUCGGUCUCGGGUCCGCCGGCAUCAUCUCCGCCAUGGGCCAUACCGAUGCCGCCGCCCAUCUCGCCGCGAACGCCCUCUCUCUGUUCGGAUACUUUCAGGCUCAGGCCUUUGUCGGUCUUUCAGGCGUCGAUAUGCCGCCCAUCGUACAGGCGUGGACGCAGAACUUCCAGUGGUCAAUGGGUGUCGUCAGGUUGGGCUGGAUGCAGACCCUCUGUACGUGGUACCAGCGCUCAACGGGCGGUGAGGCGGCACGACUAUUCGAUUCGUUGAGCGGUAUCUCGGUGCAGGUCUCGAAGCGCUCGCUCGACAUUGUCAACAGCAUCGGUCCCGUCAAGCGCGGCAUCAACGCCAUCGCGAAGCGUGCGAACAUCCUCCAGGACAACGGCUCCUACGUCGUCUACGGCAUCCAGCGCGUGGCUUUCAAGGCAAAGAUCGAAUCGACGAACCUGUUCCUCACCGGCCUCAUCGUGUACUGUUUCUUCAUCAUCUUUACCGUCCUCAUUAUCGCCGCGUUCCGAUACGGUACCGAGAUCGCGGUGAAGCAGGGAUGGUCCAAGAAGGACCGCUUCGUCGAGUUCCGUCGCGACUGGAAGACUACCCUCAAGGGCGUCCUAUUCCGCCUCAACCUCAUCGGCUUCCCGCAGAUCGCCGUCCUGUGCCUGUGGGAGUUCACCCAGAUCGACUCGGCCGCCCUCGUAGUCCUGGCCGUCUUCUUCUUCCUCGGCACCCUCUUCACCCUCAUCUGGGCAUCGUGGAAGGUUAUCCUCAUUGCCAAGCAGUCGAUUCUCACCCACCAGAACCCCGCGCACGUUCUUUUCUCGAACCCCCAGAUCAUUAACAAAUGGGGCUUUCUCUAUGUCCAGUACCGCGCCUCUGCGUACUACUUCAUCAUCCCGUUCAUCGCCUACAUCUUCCUGAAGUCCGCCGUCAUCGCGUUCGGUCAAAAGGCCGGCGUCGCCCAGGCCAUCGCCCUCAUCGUUAUCGAGGCCGCCGCCCUGAUCGCCGUCAGCGUCCUCAAGCCAUUCAUGGACAAGAGCACAAACUCCUUCAACAUCUCAAUCUACGCCAUCAACUUCAUCAACUCCGUCUUCCUCCUCAUCUUCACAAACGUAUUCGACACCCCCGGCAUCGUCGUCGGUGUCGUCGGCGUAAUCCUCUUCAUCGUCAACGUCAUCUUUGCCUUUGUCCUCCUUCUCAUGGUCCUUAUCUCCAGCAUCCUCGUCUUCUGGCGCGUAAAGGGCCAACCGACCGGCACCGGCCCCACGCAGCUCAACGACCCCUCCAUCCUUGCAAAGGGCGACCGCACCGAGGGCAAGUCGCUUCUCGACCUGGAUGAGGACGACAAGGUGAACCCGUACCGCCGCGAGUCGCUGCGCUACGGCGAAGAGAAGGCUACCGAGAGCGGCAUGAGCCUGCACGUGUCCACGUCCACGUCGAACCUCAACAGCAGAGGCGAUACCCACGAAAUGUCAUAUCUGCCCUCGCCGGGCUCCAGGCCAGCCGUGAGCCCGUCGGUGCCCAUGUUCCCCGCCGACCGCUCAUUACGAUCUCAAAGUCCUGCCCCGCCGCGGUCACCAGCGAGCGACUUCCCCCCGCCGAGUCCGUUUGGGAAUGGAUCUGCACGCAGUAUCCACGAGUUUCGAUCCCAAAACAACAAUAGUCCAUGGCAGCGCGGUGCUGGAUAUGAUCAUUGA